AUGUCGGCCACGUCGGUAGCAAAUGGAACUUUACGCGAACCAAAAACGGACGAUCGGAGUGAAUCUCAGCCUCGCUUGGAGGAGACAGCCCAGGAGGAUGAUGCUCACCCAUAUAGUAAUGAGAGAAAGGGACCGAAGAACGCCCCUAUGGUGAUUUUUUGCAUAUCUUGCAUCACCUUCUUCAGCUCCUACCUUGGUGGUCUUGCCACUGUGUCUGUUCCGCAAAUCUCAGCCGAUUUGCACUUGAGCCCUGGAAUGGAAUUAUGGCCAGUCCAGAUGUUCACCCUAGCCACCGGAUGCACGCUUCUCAUUUCUGGCGCCUUAUCGGACACAUUGGGUAAUCGAAUCCUCUUUUUAGUGGGGUGCUUCCUCCUCGGCAUCUUCUCCAUGGCCUGUGGUCUUGCGCGAUCGGGUACUGAGCUCAUUAUCUACCGAGCUAUCUCUGGCGUGGCAGCAUCAUUCUGCUUGCCAUCUGCAAUGAGUAUCAUCACAGAGCACUUUCCGACCGGGAAGCUCAGAAAUGUCGCUCUGGCGCUGAUGGGAUCUGGUCAGCCAAUUGGUUUUGGAGUCGGACUCAUUUUCGGUGGUAUUUUCGCCGACACUGUUGGCUGGCGCUGGGGGUUUCACAGCGCGGCCAUUGCCACCUGUCCAGCCUUUCUCCUGUCGUUGUGGCAACUGCCUAGAAAUAAGAAAGGCCAAACAGGCGAUUUGUGGACUCGAGUUGCCUUUGGCAUUGACUGGAUAGGAGCUUUCCUUAUAAGCCCUGCGUUGGCUCUGCUAUCCUAUGCUCUAGCAAUCAUAACCAAUGAUGUGUCCAAUAUCCAUGAAACAGUCACCAUUGUGCUCUUGUGUCUCUUUGGCGUGCUACUUCUUGGCUUCAUCCUGUGGGAAGGCCGACAGGAGCGCCUCUCUAAGCCUACCUUGAUCAAGAAUUCGUUGUGGAAGCAGGCCGCCUUUACAUGUAUCUGUGUUGUAGUCUUCAUGAUUUGGGGCUCCUUCAACGCUUUUGAGCAAGUCGUCAACUUCUUUUUCCAAGAUGUACAGGAACUAUCUGUGCUCAAUACUUCAUUGCGAUUUAUCCCCGUUUCGGUUGUUGGCUUUGGGGUCAGCGUCAUCACAGGCAUGAUCUUACAUCGUGUCCAGGCUGAUAUUAUUAUCAGCAUAGCUACGGUCAUCUCGUCUCUUUCUCCACUUCUCAUGGCGCUGGUGAAUCCAGCGUGGACGUACUGGCGUUGUGUGUUCUUCGCCAUGUGCUUGAACCCUGUUGCUGCAGACGUCCUUUUCACUGUAUCAAACCUCAUUAUCGCGGGCAUGUUCCCCGUUGAGACACAGGGUCUAGCAUCCGGGGUGUUCAAUACCGUCUCACAAAUCGGCAGGACCAUUGGUUUGGCUCUGGUUGCCCUGAUUUCUAAUAGCAUCACCGAAAAAGCUUCUUCAGCAGAGGACCAUCACAGUCCGGAAUCUUUAAUGACGGGAUACCGUGCAGCGUUCUGGUUUCUUUUUGCAAUGAAUAUGACUAGUCUGGUGGUUGGGCUUGUUGGAUUGCGUAAAGUCCGCAACGUCGGAAAAGAAAAACCUUCUUGA